AAUACUUGGUGGGGAUAUUGGAAAGUUCCAGGUUUUAGCUAAAUAUGCUUCAUAGAAUAAAGAGCUGCAGUUCAGUUUGUGCUUUCUUUUGAGAAACAAUGUGCAACAUAACAUGCAUUUUGAUUGGAAUUGUUUUAAUUUAUUCAUUUCCUUUACAAACACAUAGCAGUAUUUAUGAUGAUAAAAUUAAUUUACAAAUAAAAGAUAAUUUACAAAAUAUAGCAAAGAAGUAUUCAAAUGAUAUUAAAACUGUGAAAGUAUCAAAACUUAAGUAUAUAUUAAAGAAUACAACAAAUAAAUGUGCACUUGAAAAGACAUGCAAUAACAUGGAAAAUAAUGUUGAAAACAAUUCUGAUAAUUAUAAUAAUCAAAAAAUAAUAAUAAAUUUAGUUCCACCAUUAACAACAAGUAAAGAUUAUUAUACUUAUUUUAAUAGAAGGAAAAAAGAAUUAAAAAAUAAAAAUGUACAAGAAAAUAAGAAUCAACAAAAUUAUAAAUAUGAGAAACAAAACACAUCUAUAAAUCAUACAAAUCCUACAAUUGAAAGUAAUCAUUUACCUUACAUGCGCGAUCACGCGCCAAUAGACGUAACAAAGGAAACUUCACAAAAUCAAAUCGGAUAUAAUAAAAUCUACAAAAAAAAGUCUCCUACAAAUAUAUCGCAAAUUUCCCCUGAUGGAGAUAGAGUAGAAUUUCAAAUACAAGGCCAUGAAGGUCCAAAAACAUAUAUCUUUGGGUUUGAUACUGGAGUUGGAAAAAACAGACAAUACAGACUAGAGGAACGUUUUAACGACGGUACAGUAAAAGGCCAUUAUGGUUAUUAUGAUGCUAGAGGAAAAUUACGAACUGUCAAAUAUAUUGCUAAACCUACUGAAGGUUAUCAAGAAAAGCAUCAUGAAACAAUCAUUCAUGGAGUUGAACAUUGA